AUGGUUACUGCUGCGACAGUCACUACUCUAAGUAAGAAAGCGCAGAAGGCGCGGCGAGUCAGGAAGGCCGGCGAAGAAAGUUCACUCAGCAGCACGGACUCCGAGUCUGGGCGUCCGGUGACGAGGAGCCAAGGCGUACGGAAGGUGGCCGUCCCGGUAUCCCCACGAAAGAGAGUGGACAAGCGGCAAGCAGCCGAGCAAGCGGUGGAACAGGCGGAAGCGAAGCCGCCGAGCUACAAGCGUCAACCAAGGAGGUCCAUGGAGCUGACAAGGAAGGACGACAUGGACAUGCACGUGGGAAGUACCGACGCCGUGCACAGAGAUACCGCCGUGAGUGGCGGCACUGCACCAAACAACCACGUGGACAUGACAGCGAUGGCGUCCGCCAUUCAGACGUUGACGAUCGUGGUCGCGAAGCUGCAGCCUGCUCCUUCGAGAACCCAGAGGUUCCAAGCUGGUCGACGGGUAUUGCGACGCAGUGGAUCACGUGCUGGUGAAGCGCGUCACAAGGGUGAUAGUGGAGACAGUGUAGCGGAGACGACAGUAGCGAGCCGAGUGAAAGUUCUAGCGCCUCCAGUGAUGGGUCAGCCGAGUCUGAUGAGCAACGAGGGCGUCAGGAAAGCCGACGACGACAUGGAAGGCAUGGGCGACAUGUACGAGGAGAACGACGGAGGCGUCAAGUCCAACGGGGACGACAUGGAGACGAUGAAAGACAAUCCCGUCGCAGGAGCGUGA